CAUUUAAAAGAAGCUCCUUCAGCUGUCUGUUUAAUGCACAAACAGUUUCAAGCAGGAGAAGAAGACAGCGUGACCUAAGGACGCAAUGGCUAGUAAAACAGCCCUUCUCAUCUUAUUUGCCAUCUGCAUUUCAGCUACACAAGGAAUCACCAUGGAUGGCGCUCGAUGCUCUUGUGUACGUCUAUACGACAAACUCAGAAGUGCAAAAGAUGUAAAGACAUUGGAGAUCAUUCCCCCAAGUAGCUCCUGUGAAAAUGUUGAAAUAAUCAUUCAUUUGCAAAACCAAAAUCAGUACUGCCUGAAUCCCAAGUCCAGCAUGAUGAAAGAAUUGAUAAAAAUUCUUUCAAGAAAGAAAUUUCACUCCAUGGAAACUGCUCAGUGAAAAACAUUAGAUUUAUUGAAAAGCUGCUUUAUUUUCAAAUGUAAUAAUUGCUGUACUGCAUGGCUGAGAAUGAAUGAAUGACACCUUAGCCUUGCUGAUUGGUUCAGUCUGCCACAGAUAUAUUAUGCUCUUGUGAAUAAUACUGUCUGAAAUGUGCCUCAAAUGUUCAUUACAAAUGUUAUUCUAUUUCUUGUAAGAAAUCAUAUAUCUGAUAUUAAAUGAACAUCUUAACUAGGUCAGUUAAUAGCUAGAAAUUUAAAUGUCUGUGCACAGCUGCUAUUGUAACUGAAAAUAGUGCAUAAGCUAUUAAAAACAUUUUGGUUUAAUAAUAUAUAGAAAUAUAACAUAAAAUAGCUACUAAUAUAAAGCACAGAUCUGUUGUCAUGUACAUUAUACAUUUAAUAUAAUUACUAAUAUAAAGUGCAAUUUUGUUGUGUUCCACAUGCAGUGUUUCUCUAUCUUGAUUAAGAUUUUUCAUUUAUCAUAAAAAAGGUACAUUACAGAUAAAUUCAUGAUUUAUUUUUUUUGUAUUUGUUACUUCCUUUAUUGCAGCCACACAACUUUGUUUGCACAGAUGUGGAAAAUGAUUCAUUUCUUGCAAAAUGUAUAAUAAACUUGAAAAAUGAGAAA